AUGCUAACAAUAUUAAACAGAGCGUAUCAGCUGGAGAGUGAUGCCGAAAGAGCCACGCUGCGGGGAGACAUCUCUAAGGCAAUUGAAUACCAUGAGAAGGCAUAUGAGGUGUUGAAAGAAUUCACAAAGGAGACCGAGGGUCCUGGGCAAAAGGAAAACGGACUUGAUGAGGACUUUGGUGUUACCAAGGCGAUUCAUACUCUACUAUCCCAGAUCGAUAGGCGUAUGGAAGAAUUGAGGAAAGUGAAGAAACUGCGCGAACGGCCGUCAACCCAGAACCUGGAAAGAACACCGGAGAAGACGAAGCAGGCAGAACAGGAUAAAUCUUCUGCUGAUAUGUUGAUCAACCAGAUAAAUGUUCUGCUAAUAAAGAACCUGAACGUUGAUCUCACCGAUAAGUCUUUGGGGCAAAUCGAAUUGCCAGCAGAGCUACAGGUUCAAGAUUUACAGCACAAAUUGAGGAUUAUUGGUCUUUCUGAUAGCAAGAAGAAGAAUCUGUCGCUUGAGAAUGAAAUGCUUACAAAGCUGAAUGCUUACUACCAGUCGCAAAUCCACACCCAGAAGACCUUCAUCGUGGAACUGUAUGAGCUAUUACUGAAAUCAUCGAGCCAGGGCGUUCCAUCCAUUCCCCACUACAAAGAGGAGUACAAGGUCAUUAUUGGUGAUCUACAGCAAAAACUGAGCGAGGUUGAAAAGGAUAAGGUGAUUUUGGAAAGCCAAGUGGUUAAACUCAAGGAGAGGUGGAAUGGGUUGGUCGAAAGUGCUCGCAAGAGGAAGGAACUUGAUAGAAGAAAAGCACCCGAUUCAAGCAGUUGA